GACGUAGCGGCAUUGCUUUGCUCAUUCUGGCAGCUCUUUGCGUCGCACCAACCUUCGUGGCACCAAACAGCUCUCAGCCAGCACCAGUGGAGGUGGACACUGCCCGUGUGGCGGCCGUCGCAGCCGGUUUGACCCCCUUGGCGUUGGAGCAGCCAGCCUCCGCAUAUGACAGCGUGGUGGCCAUGCUGCAGAGCUGGCUCGUGGGUGGCAUUGCAUUGGUCCUGAUCUACGGCGCCGCAUUCGUGGCCGCCUUGGCCAACCCAUUGACCAAGCGACGACAGGAGGUGAAGGCAGAGGUGGAUGCCAUCAAGAGGGCUUAG